GAAGAUGUUACGGGAUAUUUUUGUCUCCACAGAGACUUUGAGACUGCGGAAGCGAAGAUAACGAGGUUUAGCAGCUUGGAGAGGAUGGAGGAAGAUUUGUCACAGACUUUGAAUUCUGUCAGUCUGGAGCAGAAAGACCGCAAGAUGGACACUUUUGGGCUGUACGUCGUCACGUGGAAUGUGGCCACAGCUGAGCCUCCUGAUGAUGUGAACUCUCUGCUUCAGCUCAGCUCCCCGAAGAAACCCGACCUCUAUGUGAUCGGGCUGCAGGAGGUGAAGGCUGCACCUCUCAAGUUUGUCACAGAUUUGGCCUUUGAGGACUCCUGGAGUCACGUCUUCAUGAACACGCUGGCCCCUUUGGGUUAUAUUAAGGUGUCCUCCAUACGGAUGCAGGGUCUACUCUUGCUUUUCUUUUCCAAGCUGGAGCACGCCCCAUUUAUUAGAGACAUUCAGGUCACUUACACCCGCACAGGACUCUACGGCUACUGGGGUAAUAAAGGAGGUGUGUCCAUCCGUCUGUCUUUCUACGGUCACAUGCUCUGCUUCCUGAACUGUCACCUGACCGCCCACAUGAACUACGCCUCUCAGAGGGUGGAUGACUUCGAGUAUAUUCUAGAUGCUCAGACCUUUGACACCAAAAACACACCACGCAUUUUGGAUCACAAGGUGGUGUUCUGGUUUGGGGAUUUGAAUUUUCGUAUUGAGGACCACGGGAUGCUCUUUGUAAGGAACUGCAUCACCAGCCAGCGUUUCAAUCUUCUUUGGCCUAAAGAUCAGCUCACCAUGAUGAAGCAGAAGGAAGCUACUUUGCAGAAGUUUGAAGAGGGACCUCUAGACUUUCAGCCCACCUAUAAAUUUGAUUUGAACUCAGAUGACUACGACACAAGUGGUAAGAAACGCAAGCCUGCGUGGUGUGACCGGAUUCUCUGGAGAGUGAAACCCAAGUCCUCGCCAUCGGAGGAGGCUAAUGAAGACGGUCACAAUGAAGAGGAACCAAAGAAACAACUGCAGGAGGAACAUAAAGACGAGUUCCCUCUAAAACUGAGCCAGGAGUAUUACACAAGUAAAAUGGAGUACGGCAUUAGCGACCAUAAGCCUGUCAUCGGCAUCUUCCACUUGGAGUUGAAAAAGAUGUACGAGACGCCGUUGGUGCAGGUGUCUGCUGAAGGAGAGUGGAGUGCCGACUUUGACGCCCUCAUAACCUACAGCCUUCUUCAGUCCUUUCCCUCCAGUGCCUGGGACUGGAUCGGUUUAUAUAAGGUCGGUUUUAAAAGUGUUUCAGACUAUAUCACGUACACCUGGGUGAAGGAUGACCAGGUGUCUUUCAGUGAUCAGCUCUUUCAGGUUUACGUGAACAAAGAUGAAAUUCCAGUUCUUGGGGGAGAAUGUGUGCUGUGCUAUUACAGCAGCAGCUUGCAGUGCAUUGUGGGUAUUAGUCAACCUUUCAAGGCGAAGGGACAUCCAGGGUCGGCGCCAGAGCGCACAAAGUGA